AUGCAGCUCUCCUCCGCCAACGGCACGGCGCGUGACCUUUUCAAUGGAUUUCUGCGACUGCCCAUCACGAGGCGGCUCGCGAUCAUCGCAGUCUUUUUAGUCGCGUUUCUGUUCAUGCUCACGCUCCACUCUGGACCUCAAGCUCCCCCGCUGGAUUUGGACCGCCCGUAUUUGGCGCAGAAGCCCGAUCUACAACUGGACCGUGAUCCGAGCCAAUGGAGUCAGCGAAGAGAGACUGUACGAGAAGCAUUCCAGCAUGCGUAUGGAGCAUACGAAAGAUAUGCGUUUGGCAGGGAUGAACUGAAACCAUUGAGCAACCGAACCCAGAACAAUCUGAACGGUUGGGGUCUGACUAUCGUUGAUUCGUUGGACACUAUGCUUCUCAUGGGCUUUGACAAAGAGUUUGAACGUGGGGUUGAGUUUGUGGAGAAACUCAAUAUGAGCAAGAAUACGCACAGAAUUGGAUUCUUCGAGACGGGUAUUCGUUAUCUCGGCGGAUUUCUCAGCGCAUACUAUCUCGCGAACAAGUCUUCAACGCCCUCCCACCGCGAGAAAUAUGCACCUAUUCUCCUGCAAAAAGCGGAUGAGCUAGGAGAGAUCCUGGUCUCCGCCUUUAACACCCCAUCGGGGUUGCCGGUGACGAGCAUACGGAUAGAAGAUAGCUCCGUUGUGCUUGGCAAUUCGAAUGGUGAUACCUAUCUGGCAGAAAUGGCGUCCUGCCAGAUGGAGUUUAAGUAUCUUGCACAUCUCAAGAAGGAAAGCGACUAUUUUCUCAAGAGUGACAAGGUUAUGGACCACAUGGAAUCCGAACAAGGCCAAACGCAAGAGCGAAUGAUGGGCAAGGAUGAAACUGGGAAAUGGGUCGAGAAAGUCUCGACCACGGAAAAGACUGGGCUUUGGGUGACCAGAUGGAGUGUGACCAGCGGAAAGAUGACUGGCACGAGUGUCUCGGCCGGGGCUAUGGCCGACUCUGCGUUUGAGUAUCUCCUCAAACAAUACCUGCUCAGUGGUCGCUCAGAGAAGCGACUACUAACUAUGUACCUUGACGCAAUGGACGGCAUCUUUAACCAUCUCCUCUAUUUAUCAACUGAGAGGAACCUACUCUACGUGACAGAUCUUGGCAACUGGGCAAAUCCCUCUGGAAACAUGGAGCACUUGUCCUGCUACCUUCCUGGCGUUCUGGCUCUUGGUGCCAAGGUGUUACAUCCCGAUUACCCAUGGCCAGACCAGCGAUCUUCGCGUAUCAUGUCUCGUUCACCUGUGCCGCCAAGGAACUUGAAGGCCAAGCUCGACAUUCACAUGCGGGUGGCAGUCGGUCUUGCAUAUACGUGUUGGAAAAUGUAUGACGACACGGAAACCGGUGUUGGGCCAGAAAAUCUGCACUUCUAUGCACCUCCUAAGAAGAAUGGUACGCUCACGCGGGAUCAGUAUGAUCCUGUUAGAUGGGGACCAAAAUUGGCAUCGUGGGAGAGGAGUGGACGUGUUGGUCCCCUUGUUGGAACGGAAAGGUGGCCUACGGCCAAACCGAAGCAUCAAGAGACCGCCCCUCGGGACCAACGGUAUCUUCUCCGACCCGAGGCUCUAGAAGCAAUGUAUUUGCUGUGGAAGACCACAGGGGACCCGGUUUGGAGAGAGCGAGGGUGGAAGAUGUUCGAGAGCAUCAACAAGUGGACUCGUCGUGACAAUGGAUACUCGAGCAUCUAUUAUGUCAAUUCCGACGAGCCACAUCCCGUUGACGAUAUGCCGAGCUUCUUCCUGGCGGAGACACUCAAGUAUGCCUGGCUAAACACUCUUGAUUACGAUCCACUACCUCUGGACCGAAUCGUCUUCAACACGGAGGCGCACCCCCUCCCCAUCUUCCAAUGGACGCCAGAAGAGAUAAAGAUGUAUAAUAUCCACUAA